CCGAUUAGCUGAAGGGUCUCAAAAGUCAAAAGGGGCUAAGCGGAGAAGAGCAACGAAUCGGCAAUGGCGGAAGGGCAAGGACAGGGAGUCGUGAAGCACAUUCUGCUCGCCAAGUUCAAGGAAGGCAUCUCUGACCACCAAAUUGAGGAAUACGCCAAGCAAUACGCCAACCUCGUCAAUCUCGUCCCUUCUAUGAAGGCCUUCGCUUGGGGCAAAGAUGUGAGCAUUGAGAACAUGAACCAGGGGUUCACUCAUGUCUUUGAAUCAAGCUUUGAGAGUACUCAAGGCAUUGCUGAGUACGUUGCUCAUCCAGAUCACGUCGAUUUUGCAAACUUGUUACUCCCGAAACUCGAGAAAGUCCUCGUGGUCGACUACAAGCCUACAUCAGUCCUGGUUUGAGAACUAACUCAUUACCUACAUACCUUGUCUGUUGUUGGUGUUUUUCAAUCACCAUUGCUGUUUACAUUGUUCUUCUUUGCUGGAAGAUAAGAUAAAGAGUCACGGCUACCCACGCUUGUUCGUCUUUUCAUUUGAAAUCACAUGUCAGAUCUUGUGUCUUUGUUUGAAUUUGUUAUAUUUGAUCCUUUACAAAUUCAAAGCA